UCGGUAUCACCGUUCUUUGGUUAUAUAUUCGGUUACAAAAACGGUUAUUAAUUAGUUGCAUUGCUGACAUCAACGGCGUAACGACGAUAUUAUAUUACAAGCGUGACAAGACUUGUAUUUCUAUAAAACCAUGCCGGGAAAUAACGCCAACGGACACGGAGUGAAUGGCACUACACGUAAAAUGGCUACCCUAGAGCAGUUAUUUCAGCCGGUCCAGCCGAGGAUCGAUGACACCGGCAAUAAGGUCACUGUUGUCGGUACCGGUCAAGUUGGAAUGGCCGCUGUCUUCUCUAUGCUGACACAGGGUGUAACAAAUAACAUCGCAUUGGUUGACGUCAUGGAAGACAAGUUGAAGGGCGAGAUGAUGGAUCUUCAGCAUGGCUCUGCCUUCAUGAAGAAUGCAAGGAUCCAGGCCAGCACUGAUUACGCAAUUUCAGCUGGCUCAAAGAUUUGUGUAGUGACGGCUGGUGUCCGUCAACGGGAAGGCGAGUCGAGGUUGGACCUAGUGCAGAGAAACACUGACGUUCUCAAGAUAAUCAUCCCGCAACUCGUCAAAUACAGUCCGGACGCAGUAUUCAUAAUUGCCAGCAAUCCAGUCGACAUUCUCACGUAUGUUACCUGGAAGAUCAGCGGGUUACCCAAGCACCGUGUUAUCGGGUCUGGCACGAAUCUGGACUCUGCUAGAUUCCGCUAUCUCCUAUCAGAGAAGCUGUCCGUGGCUGCCACAUCCUGCCACGGAUACAUCAUCGGUGAACACGGAGACAGCAGUGUGCCGGUAUGGUCCGGCGUAAACGUAGCUGGUGUACGUCUGAGCGAUUUGAAUGUCAAGAUCGGAACCGACGGAGACCCGGAGAACUGGCAGGAACUGCACGAGAUGGUAGUGAAGAGUGCUUACGAAGUGAUCAAACUGAAGGGCUACACGUCCUGGGCUAUCGGACUAUCUCUCUCGCAGCUCGCACGGGCCAUCUUGACGAAUGCUAACAGUGUUCACGCUGUGUCCACUUAUCUCAAGGGUGAGCACGGAAUCGAAGAGGACGUGUUCCUGUCCCUACCGUGUGUGCUAGGCAGCAAUGGAGUCUACGACGUCAUUCGCCAACCCCUUACAGAGAAGGAACUAGGGCAGCUCCGCAAAUCAGCACUGUUGAUGGCUCAAGUACAGGCCGGAAUUCAGUUUUAAUUUUUAUAGCACCGAGUUAAAAUAGCAGGAAAUUGGGAGAUUUCAUUAACAAUCAGGACUUAAAGUAAAAAUCUUUUAACGGAAACGGAAUAUAUGGAAAUAACGUCCCGCGAUGGACACACUAUUCAAAUUGUCGAACUAUAAAUCCAAAAUCAUACUUAAUUUCGGGGAAAUCAUA